GAAAUUUACCCCCCGGAUUACCCCCCCCCAUUUUUCCCCCCCCCCCCCCCCCCCCACCGCUUCAUUCCACAUCACUGCUCACCGCCGUCGUCCCAAACUUUCGCCCGCCUUCUCCCGUCCUCCUCGCCUCGUCCCCCUCGCCCUCGUCCUCCCGUCCUCCCGUCUCGUAUUCAUAAUGGCCGAAGAAGGUAACCGUCUGUUCGUCGGCAACUUGUCCUGGGGCACCAACGACCAAUCUCUCCACGAGGCCUUUGACAAGGGCUCCGGCACCGUCGUCGAGGCCAAGGUCAUCAUCGAUCGCUACAGCGGACGUAGCCGUGGCUUCGGCUUUGUGACCUUCAACAGCGCCGAUCAGGCCGCUGAGGCCAGGGACUCGAUGAACGGUGCUGAGGUUGAUGGACGCGCCGUCCGUGUCGACGUCGCCUCCUCCAGCCGUCGGUAA